AUCCGGGUUCAUCCGACACCAGCUGCCUCCGCCAUGCCGCCGAAGUUCGACCCCAACGAGAUCAAAGUCGGUGCGUGUUUUAACUGUGGCCGGGGCUGCGGGAAGGCAUCCGUUUUCCCAGCAGCCCGUCGGGCCUGCGGCCCCUCCGCAAUUCCUACUUUUACCGCGUCGCGCUAUUAAGCUGCUGCCUACUAGAGGCCUUUCCGGUGCCGUGUUCAGGGCGCCGGGAAGUCCUAGCCAAGCCUCUUACUCUUUCUGGGCCUCAGCUUCCCCACGUGCAAACGGGGAGGGAGGACCGGAGCACCUGUGGCGGCGAUGCAGCCCGCACGCGUAGGGUAAGUAUACCUGAGGUGCACCGGUGGGGAAGUGGGUGCCAUGUCUGCCCUGGCCCCCAAGAUCGGACCCCUGGGCCUGUCUCCAAAAAAGGUUGGUGAUGACAUCGCCAAAGCAACUGGUGAUUGGAAGGGUCUGAGGAUUACAGUGAAACUGACCAUUCAGAACAGACAGGCCCAGAUUGAAGUAGUGCCUUCUGCCUCUGCCCUGAUCAUCAAAGCCCUCAAAGAACCGCCAAGAGACAGAAAGAAGCAAAAAAACAUUAAGCACAGUGGAAAUAUCACAUUCGAUGAGAUUGUCAGCAUUGCCCGACAGAUGCGGCACCGAUCUUUAGCUAGAGAACUCUCUGGAACCAUUAAAGAGAUCCUGGGGACUGCCCAGUCUGUGGGGUGCAAUGUUGAUGGCCGCCACCCUCAUGACAUCAUAGAUGAUAUCAACAGUGGUGCAGUGGAAUGUCCGGCUAGUUAAGAACUACAAAGGAAAAGGACUCAAUUAAAAAUCAUUUGACAAGCAGCGGACUUUUUGAUGUGGCCUUCUCCUUGGGGAGCUAGGUUCUUUGUGGUCAGGUGGUUGGUGGGACCAAGGUGGGAACCUGUGGAAGCACCAUUCUGGGCAUCUGUUAUCUUACCAGUAACAGAUUUCUGCCCUCUGUGGCAGCAGCUCAUAAAAGACAUCUAGAA